UUGCGACAGGCAGGCCAGACCAGGAUGUCCGAGUCAUCUGAGGUGGAAGAGUACGGUGCCUGGGCGGCACCCGACGCCGACUACACCACCGACGACGAGGGUUAUGUCCCACCUGCCGCUGCCUUUGCCGCUCCGCCUGCACCCGUCGUCGUCUACCAGCCCAUGCCCUCGGUGGUGGAUGCCGCCUCCGCCGGAGACGCCCCGCCUGCCGCCCACGAGAGCGACGCCCUGCUACCCAACGGCGGGACAAAGGCACAGAAACAGUACAAGGAGGGCUGCUGUGCAUCAUGCUGCGUCGUCAUGUAGUCGUCGACAGUGUGGUUCCCACCCCCGCAACCCCCCGCCACCACCCC